AUGUCACACAGAGCUGCUGGUGGUUUACAGCGUGCAGUUGAUGCUCUACCCAUUGUUGGGCUGGACGAAAGUGUCAUUGACAUUCUUCAACGAGAUGAUGAAACAGAUGAAGAAGCUGACAACCCAGAGCAAGAGGCGGACAAUGAUGUACCCUCCUUCCCCAGUGUAGAGAAGGUCUCCAUAGAAGAAGACCUAGUCAACCAGCCAGCAUGCAUCGCUUUCACCAGCAGCAUGGCAAGACUGGUCAAUUUCCUCCAGCUGCCCAUCCAGAAAUGUUUCUAUAGGGACAAGCUGAUUGGUACAGAAUGUGAUGCCACUCCACCAUUUCAUGUCAAACUAAACCGAAGGGGAAGUGCUACCAUUAUCGAGUGGUUUUGCAUUAAUGGGCAUAUGCUGUGGAAGUGGAACAGCCAGCCUGUCCUGAAGUACGCGAUGCAAGGAGGGGACUUCAUGGUUGCCACCAACAUACUCCUCUCUGGCAAUAACUUCUCAAAGCUUGCCCUCUUCUUUAGGUUUAUGAAUAUUGGCGUUGUGUCUCCAAAAACAUUCAGACUUAUACAGAACCAUUACUUGGUUGACUCUAUAAAAGAUUUUUGGGGGAAGAAGAGAGCUGCCAUCAUUGACUGCCUGUGUGCAAAGGAAAGUGUUGUUGCACUUGGUGAGUAUGUAAAUGCACUACAUCAAACUGCAGCAGACAAUACUUUGCAUAAACAAUUUGGAAUAACUUGCAAGUGA